ACGACCCUCCCAUCUUGGUCUGCCAGUCUCUCUGCUUUGUUCGCGGUAUGCAGUUAUUCUUUCCGCUCCUUCUGAUUGUCUGUUUGCAGAACUAGGCAUUUGCCUGUUUUUUUUUUGUUUUUUUUUGUUUACUUCGGUGUGGGUUUUGUUCUCCGUGUUUCUAUUGGACUCUCCUUUGGUUCUGCUGCGGUCUUAGGCGAAACUCUGACGACUGGAACAAGCCAACAACCUCCCUCGCCUCCCUUGACGCACAUCAACCUCAAACCUAAAUUACUUCCCCCGAUAAUCUUGCGAUUCGCCUAGCAGCCGCGCGUCAUCAAUAACGCGAUCACCUUCUUCCGUAUACCGCCAACGCGACCUGGAAACAAGUCAGGCACUCCAUAUUCGACUACACGUGGCCGACUGCGGUCCCGUCUGGAAACUCAAAAAAAACCCACGCUCUUGCCACUCCGACGCACCCGAUCGCCGCCGACCUGACCGUGCCGGAUUCCCCCAAGCAUUGGAUAGACUUGCAGUGGCAGCCUCCGCAUCGGUGAGCCGCCAUUGCGCUCCAACGAACCCUAAGCCGGCAGGAUGAGCAAUCGUCAUCUGCCGGCUGGGCAGGCCAUGGAAGGCGCGGGGAGCGCGGGCGUCGCCAUGAGCCCUUCACACGGUGGUCCCGGCCCGAGCCCGGGCCCGCGCAGAGGUGGUCGUCCGCCGGCCUAUCAUCAGUCGCAUUCCGCCUAUAGCGCCACUCAUCACCAGCAAUUCCAACCGCACGUCCAACACCCCGGUGUCUACAGCGGCUACAUGGGCCAUCCUUAUGCCAACUAUGGCUACCCCCAUACUGCUCCGAUGCCGCCGCCCUACCAAAACGGCGCCCAGUACUAUGUACCCAACAUGCCUGGCCAGCCGUACAUGCCUUACCCUGCGCAAUACGCUCGUUCGCCUCCAAGCAUGCAUCAGUACGUUCACACAAUGGGAACUGGCGCGAUACCGCCCCAGCCUGUACCGCAGCCACAAGCAUACCAACGCAACCAACAGUCGCCUAUUGUCGUCUCAUCUCCGUACCCGAAUCCUCCACCUCCUCCUCGAUCCGCAUCCCACAAUCAUGCCAUGGUCGUGCCCCCUCAACCGAUACACAGUACUCCUCAGCAAGCUGCUGGGCAAUAUGUUCCUCAGUCCGUCCCGCAAACCGCUCCUCGGGCGCAGAGCGAUGCUGCGGCCCACACGGCCGCUCCUGUUGCUCCUGUUGAAUCCGAAGCACCCCCGACACCUUCAUCAAGCAGCUCCGCACAGGCACAGGCACCAGCUUUGCCUAUGACGCCUCCGACACCACAGACUGUUGAGACUUCGGUUGAGCUGUCUGCGAGCCCGAAGGCCCAGGCUCAAGUCAACCUCUCGCCUCCUCAAACAACCUUUACGCCACCUCUUCCGUGGUCUACCCAUCCCGACGAGUCAUGGCCAAAGCGAGCCAACAAGAUCAAGAGGUGUCACAAAGCGCUGGACAACCAGGUCCAAGCGCUUUCCCUUCCUGCAAUGGAGGAAUCAGGCCCUGGUGCGACUGCUGAUAGAUCUGUGGGGGCUACCGAGGGAUCUGCGGCGCCCAUUUCAAAACCUGCUGAGGCGACAGCUGCUCACGGAGCGGGAACAUCGGCUGCUGGCGAAAACGACCCGUUCCAUGCUAAAUGGGAGGCGCCUGUACAAGCCGACCCAGUCACCCACUCUCCAUCUUCACAAGACCAGCCAUCCGGUGCAUCCACAUCCCCUACAACGCCUGCUUCUAUCAACGCCACCCCGUCCGCCACAUCAGCCACCCCAACUCCUGGAAAAUCCAAGGGUACCAGUCGCCCUGCAGCCCCAGCCGUACCCAUAAUACCAGCUGUACCCAAGGGCUCGCCGAAGGAGGCCAGGCUUUCUCAAACAGACAAAGUAUCGGUUGAGCAGAAGGUUGACAGUGCUGCAUCGGAUGCUGAUAACACCGCUUCCACUUCCACUCUGUCUGCUGGGCCAAGCGCUACCGAGUCUCCAUCGUCUGGGCCCCCGCCUGCCUCUGCGCCCGCUGCUCCCAAGCUAUGGACUGGACUGUUUUCCAAAGCUGCUGCUGCUGCUGUCAGCGCUACUCCCGGUGAAUCCACUCCCGGGCAGACUGGCACCAAUGGGACGGCUGCUACGAACUCUGCUGCUGGGAAUACUGCCACGGGUACAUCUGGCUUUGUUCAAUCCAAAAACAACUCGCUUGCCGAAGCCCUGAGGGCAUACCGGGUUGGGAACGGAGACAAGCUAGCAUUUAUUGAACCGAGAGGCUUGAUCAACACCGGAAACAUGUGCUACAUGAAUUCUGUCCUUCAAGUGCUUCUUUUCUGCACGCCUUUCUACGACUUUCUCGAGCAGGCAGGGAAAAAGGUUACUCAUAGCUUCAACAGCGAAACUCCUCUUAUCGAUGCCAUGAUUGAGUUCAUGCGCGACUUCAAGAUCAUCGACUCAGCCAUUUCAGUUGACCAGCUGCGUCGCAGGCUCAAGAGCGAAGAGCUUGAGCAGUACGGAGAGCCAUUUACGCCCGAGUUUAUUUAUGAGGCUAUCAGGAAGCUCCCUCGCUUCUCAAGCAUGAGGCGCGGUCAUCAACAAGAUGCUGAAGAGUUCCUCGGCUUUUUCCUCGAGUCACUUCAUGAUGAGUGCUCGCACGUGAUGCGCGCAGCUGGGCAACAAUCAAUCACAUCCACAGCCCCUCAAUCAUCCGCUCAAACACCUACGACAUCAGCGCCCUCUGUCGACAACGACUGGCUCGAGGUCGGGCCCCGACAGCGGGCUGCCAUCACCCGCUCGAGUGGCCACUCAGACAUGUCAUCACCUGUCACAAAGAUCUUUGGAGGAGAACUUAGAUCCGAACUGCGGGUUCCUGGCCUCAAAGACUCGGUUACGCUUGAGCCCUACCAACCCUUGCAGCUGGACAUUGGCGCUCCCCAAGUGCGAAAUAUUGUUGACGCUCUGCGUCACCUGACCAAUCCCGAGAGCCUUCGUGGUGAUUUCAACUCUCCUCGGGGCAAGGAUGUUUCGGCCACCAAGCAGGUCUUCAUCGAGUCGCUGCCCCCUGUGCUAAUCCUCCACCUCAAGCGAUUUCAGUUUGACGCCGAGGGCAAUGGCACUGUGAAGAUCUGGAAGAAGGUCGGCUACCCACUCGAGCUGGAGAUUCCCCGUGAGGUCCUCUCCCGCGCCAAGCGCACGGCAGGCAGCUUGCCCAAGUACAAGCUGAUUGCGGCGGUCUACCACCAUGGCAAGAACGCCAGCGGAGGCCACUACACGGCCGACGUCCGCCGCCAGGACGGGACCGAGUGGAUCAGACUGGACGAUACCGUUAUUCGACGCGUCCGAAGCGAGGAUGUCGCCGAGGGCGGUGCAGAGGAGGAUGUGGUGAAGGGUGACAACGCGUCUCGCAAGGACGGCGGUGGCUAUGCCUCGGCUGCCGCCAACCGCUUCGCGGGCAUGGGCGAGGAGGAUGUGACCGACGACGACGGAUGGAAGCAGGUCAGCACACCGGCGAGCGGAGGCAAGAAGUGGAGCAGCCUUGUCAACGGUGCCUCACCAACGGCCGCAAACAAGGGCAAGCAGAUUAAGGACAACAUCAAAGACAACAAGGUGGCCUACUUGCUCUUCUACCAGCGCAUCUAGGACGGCAAUCGCGAGGGGCAAGCUGGGCAGUUUGUCCUGAAUAUCAAGGGUGCUGUAGGGCACAAAUUCAGCUGGAUGCCGCCCGUUGGAGAUCGGAAAGGUGGCUGAUACACAUCCUACAAUUGGCUUCCUCUAUAUACUUCGGCGUUGCGGCGUUCUGGUGCUGGCUGGGCCGGGUGGGUUUUGGGUGGGUUUGCAUUGAGGCUCUUCCCAUGUCCAACAUGUGCGCGGGCAAUGGCGCCCAGGAGGGGGGGAACCCCAGGCGCAAAAGAAUCUUUGAUUUGUCUUCGCAACCGGGGCAAAGAUUAUACAUGAUUGGCCACCUUGCGUCGGGUGUGUUAUUUUUCUCUUCUCUCCACAUUUUGCCCAUCUUUUUGCAUGAUGUAAAUCGGAGCGUGGAGCAUUUUAUCUGGCGGAUUUUAGGGGGGAAAAAAAGGUCGAAAAGAAAAAAGGGUGAAUGUCGCCUGUUGCUUGACGCCAGGUACCAUCUCAACAUAGUAAAGUAAUGCGUGGAGAGGGGAUGGAUUUAUGGAUUUUUGGGGUGUCCGGAUGGUUGAUGGUGGUGGUGGUGGUGGUGACGUGUGAGACUUUGCGCAGGACGGAAGAAUCAGAGGAGAUGGUGAGCUGUACCAACCCAACCGGACCUCUGAUAGAACGCGGACUGGCCUGCGGAUGAUGGGUGUUUAUAACCAGAGCAGGACGAUCCACCAGUGGGUUGAGGUGAGGUCCUCUUUCUUCUUGUCUUGGAAGUGGGAGGGCAUGAUAUGGUUGAAGAGGUUCAUGUGCUGCAGGUGAAAACAAAAAUAUGCAUUAGUAUCACGGCUGAGAGAGAUAUCACACUCCUGGAAGAAUUGUGGGGAGUUGUCGCAGAUGAGAUGUUGCACAAUCAAAAAAAUUCAGAAAAUUCAUUUUAUUCACGAA